AUCAGUUUCCCAGUUGACAUUGCGUUCGCCAUCUCUGCAACGAGUGCCAGAGCCAACGAAUUAUACGACUACAUGCUCGACGUCAUCAAACUUAUCGUGGAUAAUUACGGCAUGUACACAGUACAUUAUGCAUUCAUGGUGUUUGGCGACGACACUGAUGUACGAAUACGCUUUGGCGAUGCAUUUAACAGCCCUGACCAACUCAAGUUUGUAAUGGAAAAUAUCCCAAGAAUCGGUGGACAGCCGAACUUGGAGAAAGCGCUCGAGAAGGCUACAGAGAUUUUCCGACCCGGAUACAAAGGAGAGAGACCCGGUGUGCGUAAGUUCUUGGUAGUGAUUGUGGACAAGGACACUGUGGGAGACGUGACUCGGUAUGCAAAGAGUUUAGAAAACACAGGAAUAAAGGUAAUCCCAGUUGCUAUUGGACGGGAAGUCGGACCGGGAGGCAUCAUAAUCCCACCUUACAAAGUAAUCGUAGAUCCUAAACCUGAUGUGGACAAACCGGAUAUACUGGUUCAAAAUAUAACUAAAGCAAUUAUUAUCGAUCCAUGUGAAGACGUCGUAUGUGACUACAACGCUGAGUGCCGAGCCUUGCCCAAUGACACCGCUCUCUGUCAAUGUCUGGAUGACUGUUCAGCGGAACCUUUUAAACCAGUUUGUGGAAGUGACUUGGUGACGUACGCAAGUGAAUGUGCUCUAAAAGGGAAGGCUUGUAAGAAUGAAAUGGCGAUUAGUGUGGUGUCAGAGGGAAUCUGUCAAAAAGCCACCGACCUUGCUUUUGUUAUCGGCGCUUCUGAACCUCAAGCGUCUGCUGUCUUUGCAAGAAUGGUAGCCAUGUUGAAUGACAUUGUUGUUGAAUAUGAGAUAUCUAACGACAAAACACGUGUUGCACUGGUAGACUACAAUGGUCCAGCGACAACCAGGGCCUUAUUCAGCGACGGUUACAACAAAACCAACUUUAAAAGGAUCGCAAGUAGCUUACCAGGACCCAGAGGUCGACCGGGGACACUUAGCGAUGCUUUAAGCAAAGUACGAGAUGAGGUGUUCACUCUUCAAAACGGCGCGCGGCCAUUUGCAGAGGAUGUUCUUGUUGUGAUGACCCAGGGUAAUUUUGAAGAUAAAUCUGCGGAUAUCAGGAACGAGGUCGCCAAAUUGAGAAGCAAUGCAAUCAAGGUCGUGGUGGUUGCCUUCACGGACGAACCGGGCGUAGACAAAUGGAACAACAUCUCCUCGGGGAAUAAUCUCAUUGUUAUAACCAAGCCUGAUAAAGAUAAGAAGGAGGCCAAGAAACUGCCUUACACUGUUAGCAAAGUAUUUCGCAGCUGUGCUGAAGUAAAAGCAUCCGGGUAUUCUUCUGAUGGCCAUUACCUCCUUCACAUAAGCGACAGAUGUAAAGAUCCAACUAGAAUCUACUGUCACAACAUGGCGUCCAAUGCGCCACAAGAGUAUAUCACCUUGGAGUCUGGUGCCGAGAACAACUUCGCUAUUAUCUAUAAUCAGCGGCUUAAGGAUAGGUACAGUUGCAGUGGGCCUGCGCGAAGUGAGUUGUACGCUGAGCAAGGUUCAACGAACUUCUUCAAAGUGCGCCUUGAUAUCGCAAGCAUGAAAAUUAUGAGUCGUGACUUCACUUUUGCGCUGACUGUAGAGGGUAAAGACAUCCCGUAUGGCACAGCAGGGGAUUGUUACUCGGUGAACACUGGUAAAUGUCGAAAGGGUCAGUUCAAGGUUGACUUGAGCGGGACAAGACUUCGAGUGCGGGAUGAUGUGAGCUGGACAUUGCAGGGGUUCCCGAAUGGUUUGCAGAUUCAAGAUUACCAGAAGUCGCUUGAUGGUGCGGUGGUGUCUGCUAAGUGUGGAGGCUGGUGUGGUCGCUGUAAGCCGACCAGGGGAUUUAUAUUAGUGGAGCCUUUAUGUACUAUUCCUGCAGCGUGUCCAUUCCCCAUGGAUGUGGUCUUUGCUUUGGACUCUUCGUCCGUGUUAUCAUUAUCAGACUACAUCCAGCAGAAGAACUUCGUUGUCACAAUGAUCAAUGCUUUCACCAUCUCCGUCGCCAGGACGCAUGUGGGAGUCAUUACUGUGGGAGAGACAGCUAGGAGGGACAUUGAGCUUACACAGUACACCCAGUCUGAAAUACUUAAAUUCCGAGUGGCUGAACUAAAUGCUAUCAAUGACUCUCCUUCAGAUCGGACAAUCAGGUUUACUGACAUGCUCAAACAGGCGACAACGGCGUUUAAAAAUGGAGCAAGGUCACAGGUUCCUAGGUCUUUAAUUGUGUUAGUUGCGGGUGAGAUCACCGAGGACCUUAAAUCUGCUGCCACCAAACUGAAGAGCACGGGCGUUCAGAUAUUUGUCGUUGCUGUUGGUGUGACUACACCAUCAUCUCGGCAUGUUAGUCUCGCCAGUGGAAGGAAGUUUGUUCACACCGUUGACAGUUUCGACGAGCUUGGUUCGUUGGCUGCAAGGUUGGCCAAGGACACGUGUGAAGACCCUUGCGCAAAGAAGAUUUGUCAGCCCUAUGCCCGCUGCAAGGCAAUCGAUUUUACUCGCACAGAGUGCGUGUGCCCAAAGAUCAGUGAUUGUCCAACCACCAAAGAUGAAGUAUGCGGCAGUGAUAGAGUCACUUACAACAAUGACUGUGUUUUAAGAGUCCAAGCCUGUACAAGAGGACAAGAUAUCACUGUGGAUAAUUUGGGCCCAUGUGGUUUGUGUGCUGGUGUUAAAUGUAAAGAGCAUGCGCACUGCGAGGUUAAGGGUGGCAAGGCACAGUGUGUCUGUAAGGACGUUAGGGAAUGUCCCCAGACUCCCACCCCUGUGUGUGGUAAGAACAACAGGACUUACAUCAACGUAUGCUACCUGGAUGUGGAGAAUUGUCGACUUGAAGAAAUUGUUGAUCAGCAGAGACCAGGAAAGUGUGAGCCUUGUGCCGAGGUGCAGUGUAAGGAACCAAAGUUGUGCAAAGCGGAUUCCCAAGGUAACGCUGAAUGUGUGUGCCCGGAUGAGAGAGAUUGUCCAAUGACUGUUCAUGCUGUGUGUGGCAGCGAUGAUAAAACGUACCUCAACGAGUGUGUGAUGAAGGCAAAGGCUUGUCUCAGAGAAAUGCCGGUUUAUAUCGUCAUGGAUGGAUAUUGUGACCCGUGCGACCUCGCUAAGGACUGUGAGAACAACUCCGCCUGCAUCGGAAACGCGGACGGAACGGUCUCUUGUAGGUGUCGGACAGAGGCCGAAUGUCCAAAGGACGGUGAUGGUGUGUGUGGCUCAGACGGACAGACGUACAUUAACAAGUGUCUUUUGGAUGUGACAGCCUGUGAAAAUAAUGAGACUGUACGAGUUGUGCAUGAAGGACCUUGUGGUUCGUGUAACCCUGGUAGUUGUAAUACCAACGAAGUGUGCAUCGGUCAAAGGGAUGGACCAUUUUUGUGCAAGUGCAUCGAAAUUAAAGACUGUGCCAAAGAAAAUGACCCUGUUUGUGGCACGGACGGGAAAACCUAUCUGAAUGAGUGCUUUAUGAAAGCGAUGUCAUGUGAGAAGAACGCAUCUGUUGGAUUGAGGCAUCGAGGACGUUGUGGGGUUUGUAAAGACACUCGAUGCUCGUCAGGCAAGAGGUGUAUGGUAAAUAAGUUGCAGAUACCAGCCUGUAAGUGUCCAACAGAAGACGAUUGCCCAAGAGAUUAUGAUCUAGUGUGUGGAAGUGACAGAAAGACUUACAUCAACCUGUGCAGAAUGGGGGUUGAAGCUUGUAUAACCGGACAGCCACUCGAGAUGAUUAAAAAGGGAGUGUGUGAUCCCUGUAAAGCCUCACGUUGUAUGUACCAUUCUGUUUGCGGAGUUAUACCUGAUGGAUCAACUGAAUGCCGCUGUCCGCGCUUGGAGGACUGCCCGGAUGUCAACGAUCCCGUAUGUGGAAUGAAUGGCAAGACGUAUGAGAGUGAAUGCAAGCUGAAGGCUGAAAGUUGUGCUGCAGGAAUCGAAGUUACAAUGAAACAUAAAGGGCCUUGUGGCCCCUGCUCAUUGUCAGAUUGUGUUGACUAUAAUGGCCAAUGUAUUGAAGCACAAGACGGAUCUGGGACUGCGCAGUGCAAGUGUCAAGCCUCUGACCAGUGUCCAAAUAAUGUCAGGGAGAUGUGUGGAGACAAUGGUAAAACGUAUCGAAACAUGUGCUUUUUGGAAGCGGAGUCGUGUCAACUUAGACAAAAAAUUGAAGUCCAACAGAGAGGACCGUGCACGCCAUGUUCCAAGUCUGUUUGCGCUCAGGACCAAGAAUGUGAAUUGGAUGCCCAAGGUAGAGCAUCGUGUAAAUGUCCUGAAUUCUGCCCCAGCCUGGGUGAGCCUGUUUGUGGCAGCGAUGGCCGAACCUACGAAAAUGAGUGCAAAGCGAGGAAAGAGUCGUGCGAGAAGAAAAAAGGACUCUUCUUCAAACCUGGUGCCUGCGGAUUGGUGGUCGUUCCCUGCUCUCUGAAGAGUUGCAUAAAUCACGCCCAAUGCGUGUUCUCGUCUGGUACAGUGGAAUGCCGCUGUCCAGAUAAAAACGAAUGUUCCAAUGUUACGAGCGUGGUUUGUGGCAGUGAUGGAGAAACUUACACAGUUUACGACAACGAGUGCCUUAUGAGAGUUGAUUCCUGUAAAAAGGGCAAAAGAAUUGUUCCAGUUACUCCUAACAAAUGUGCUCCUUGUGAUUUGGCCAGCUGUCACAGCUUUGCUACUUGUGAAAUGAGGAACAACAAAGCAACGUGCGUUUGUCCGUCAGAACGUGACUGUCCAUGGAAAGUUGACCUGAUCUGUGGUUCUGAUGAUCAGAGUUACCUUAACGAGUGUGUUAUGAAGGCUAGGGCUUGUAAGGCAGGGAAGAAGGUCACUGUCAAAAGAAAGGGCUAUUGUGGCAUUUGUGAUUUGGUAACAUGUGCUAAAAACGCUGAAUGUUUCAUCAAAUCGAACGGUCUCCACGAGUGUCGCUGCCCAAGAGAAGAUGAUUGUCCGUCGACAUUGGAGAAAGUUUGCGGAAGUGAUGGCAAAACCUAUGACAAUGAAUGCAAACUGAAAGUACAAUCGUGUUCUGGGGAUGGUAGUCUUGUGGUCAUGAAACAAGGACGCUGCGAUGAUUGCACGGGAAUGAAGUGCCAACCGAACCAAGUUUGUAAAGUAAUUCAGAGCUUAGCCACCUGUCAGUGCCCUAACAUACGCGACUGCAGUUAUGUUCCAGCGCCGGUCUGCGGCUCAGACGACGUUGAGUAUCCUAACGAAUGUCAUCUCAAGGUCAAGUCCUGUUCCGCUGGUGGUGCAUUGGUCGUAGAAAACAAAGGCCCGUGUGUGGGUGGCUGUCGCCACCUGAAGUGUCCAAUGUACGCAGUUUGUCACAACGCUCCAGAUGGGUCACGCACUUGUGUGUGUCCAAGGAAAAAGGACUGUCUACCAGUAAUAAAGACAGUGUGUGGCACAGACGGUAAAACAUACAUCAACGAGUGUCUUAUGAAAGCUAUCGCCUGUGAGAAGAAACAAAACACUGAGAAGAAGAACGAUGGAUUGUGUGACCCAUGUAAGUUUGUAGCCUGCCAAAAGCACAACAAAUGCGAGGUGCGAGCGGACGGCUCCACUCAGUGCGUGUGCCAGUCACGGGAUGAAUGCCCGAUCGGAGGAGAUUCCGUGUGCGGAAGCAACGGUACUACUUAUGAGAACGAAUGUGACUUCAAGGCCGCUGCCUGUGGAACUGACUUGAAGAUGAAGAAAGGAAAAUGCGAUGCAUGCUCCUUCCAUCAAUGUAAGCCAUAUCAAGACUGUGUUGUGGUUGACAACACAGCGAAGUGCCAGUGUCCUAGAGGAUGUCCGUCCAACGAGGAUCGAGUGUGUGCUAACAAUGGGAAAUCGUACACAAACGAGUGUCUGAUGCGGGUAAAGGCGUGCAAGGCUAGAAAGCAGCUAAUUGUGGUCAAGAAAGGGGAAUGCGAUGCGUGCGCCCUGAAGAGAUGUGAUUUAUACCAACGAUGUGUCCUUAAUAGCGACAACCAAGCAAGAUGUGUUUGUCCUUCUCCCCUCGAGUGCCUGCGCAGUCAAGCAGCCUCGCCUGUGUGUGGUAGUGACGGUAUAACGUACGCAAGUGAGUGUGCGCUGAGGGCAGCGAACUGCCCGAAACGAUCGAAGGCUCGCCUGCUGUUCAGGGGAGAGUGUGGUUUGGUCGUUCUACCCUGUACCAGUACUUAUUGUAGGUAUGGCGCGAGGUGUGGCUUUUCAAGGGGUUACCCAGAGUGCAUCUGUCCCGUGGAAAUUGAUUGUCCGUUAGAAGACAACCCCGUGUGUGGUAGUGACGGAAGGAGAUAUCCCAAUCCAUGUGUCAUGGAGGCUAGAGCUUGCCAGAUGAGAAAGGAUGUUACAAUCGUAGAAUUCGGUGACAAAUGCGGAGCAUGUCGGCAAGCAAAUUGCGAGAAAUUCUUUGCCACAUGUCGGUUCACUGACACAGGGGUGGCAACUUGUAUUUGUCCUGAGGAGGAUCAGUGUCCUGUGGAAGUUGAUGAAGUGUGCGCCAAUGAUUCCAACGUGUAUUCUACAGAAUGUCACAUGAGGGCGAAGGCCUGCAAGUCAAAGGUUCCUCUUGGUGUUGUCAAGAAAGGACCCUGUGAAACUUGCGCAGAUGUCAAGUGUGAAUUCCACGCCAAAUGUGAUCUCAUUGAUAGAAAACCCAAAUGUCAGUGUCCCAAAGAGGAGGAUUGUUCUUCUUUGAAAUCAAAUCAAAUUGUAUGUGGAUCCGAUGGCCUGCAAUACGACAAUGAUUGUUAUAUGAAGGUGAAAUCAUGCAAGGAAAAAAGGUCGAUUACAGUCAAGAACAAAGGAGUCUGUGAACGAGGUCAAUCGGUUGGCUUCAGAGGUGACGGUUACUUGGAAUACAGACCUUUGUCAGGUGUCAAAAAAGAAACAGACAUUGAAAUGGAAUUCCGACCAAUCAGUCGCACUGGUAUCAUACUGAAUAACCAAGACUCGGGUAGAGAUUUUAUCUUCAUCAUCUUGAAACGCGGGCGGGUGAUCUUCAGUUAUAACUUGGGCAAAGGACCGGCUGUUAUCGUAAGCAGGAAAGUUGUGAACUUAAAUGCAUGGAACCAGCUGCGUGUGUACAGGAAAGGUAUGAAUGGCUACUUAGUGCUGAAUGGGGAACGUGUCGACGGUACCUCUCCUCCAGGCCUCAGCCAACUUGAUAUCGGACUAAAGAUGUACCUUGGAGGAAUCGUAACCAAACAAGGGAGCACUGGACUACAAGGAGUAACAGCUGGCUUCUAUGGAUUGAUUAGAAAACUUACCAUCAAUGGUGAGAAUUAUAACUUGGUAUUAUCUGACCAAGGAACGGGCCAACCUUCGAGCGGUCUGAACACCGUCAACAUGAUAAGAGGCGCGGAAGACAUGUGCUUCAUGACUCCGUGUGAACAUGGCGGCAUCUGUUCUAUUCUGGACAACCAAAUCAGGUGUGACUGCCCGAAAGGAUUUUUGGGUGAUCGUUGUCAACUGCGAGCUAAUGUGCCCUACUUCCGAGGCGGAGCUAUCACCAGUGCCUUCAUGGAAUGGCGUUGGAAUUUUAUGUUUUCGACGAGGGUAGACGUUUUCGGUGCUGUCUUCGGUAUUCGACCUGAGCAAAAUAAUGGCCUUAUCAUGUACUCUGGAUCUGCGAACGCUUUCAUUUCGUUAGCCAUGAUUGAUGGCGUGAUACAAUUCAGGUUCAAACUAAGCCAAGGGGGAGGUUUCGCGAUAAUCGAGACGAAUUUCGCUCUACAACUGAACGUUUGGUACAAUAUCGAGGCGUAUAUUGAUAUCGUGGGCAGAAGCGAGGCCUUAGGGACUUUGAUAGUUAACGGCAUCAACAUCUUCACGCUCAGAGCAACAGGCGUCUCGACAAACCUAUAUUCCAGUUUACUACAGGAAAGUGUGUAUAUUGGUGGAGGGUCUUCAGCUGUUACUACAAUCAUUUUCCAAAGGACUAAGGUGAGAGCUGGUUUUAAAGGCUGCAUCCGGGACUUCGAAUCCGAAGACGAAAAUUUGCGCGAGAGACCGCUGGACAUAUCAGUUGAUUUUGCGAAAGGGGAAAACCAAAAUCCCGCUCGAUUAUUCGUCAAUGUAAUGAAGUGCGGAUGUAAAGACAAGCCCUGCCAAAAUGACGGAAUAUGCGCACAGAGAGAGAGGGACUUCCGUUGUGACUGCAAAUUAGGAUUUACCGGCCCACAUUGCGAAAUCAAAAGUUGCGGUAGAAAUGUCAAGUUUGACGUAGGAUUCGCAAUAGAUGGCUCAAAUUCAAUCGACGACAACGAAUACCGUCAGACCAAAGAUUUUGUCAAAGAUGUCAUCAAGGCUUUUUCCAUCGCCGAGGAUGGAACCCAUGUGGCUUUGCUGCAGUACGCGACAAAAGGAAUUAUCAAAUUGUACUUUGACGACGAUUUGUUCAAUCCAAAAGAUCUUCUAGAUGAGGUGGAACAAAUAGAGAAUACCAAUGGUGGCUCGACUAAUAUCAGAGAGGGUCUGGCGACGACGUUGAAGAUGUUCUCUACCAGAAAUGGAAUGAGAGGCGAUGAUGUGAAAAAGCUGUUUAUAUUUUUCACUGACGGCAAAAAUACAAACCCUGGGGAGGACUUAAGUGAAUACUCGAACCAAAUCAAGAACAUCCCAGGGAUGACGUCGAUUGCCGUUGGAGUGGGGAAUGAAGUAAGUCGCGGCGAACUGCUGACAAUCGCUUCCAGUCCGAACGAGGUUUUCGAAAUGGAGGAAUUCGAGGAACUGAAACUGCUCAUAGACAAACUGAGUCCCAGGGAGUGCAAGGAAGAUGAUUUUCCAUAACGUCCAACGGUAUAAGGCCAAAUGUUUCCCUUCUUAAAAUAGAAAAUUGCUCCAUUGCUA